UGUAUAGUAAACAGUUUACACUAGCCAGGUCGUUUACCACAGUACCAGUAGAAGCACAGUUCCUGCUCGGACAUCCUAUGACCUGUACUUGCGAUUGCGCCUGAGUUCCUUUAACCAAUCUUGUACCACCGAUGACUCUUAGCAGGUGCACGCCACUAUACCCCACACACCUUCCCCUUAAUCCAGUUCAAAAGGGUGCGGUUGCGCUGCUAUCUGCUGUUGGAGCCCUUCUCAAGCCUGCCCGCGGAGACCUUGUCGCCGUGGUUGGCGAAACCACUGGCGAAUGGCUCCUUCCCUCCAUCCGUGACCGCAUGCAGCGGGAUCCCGUUGGCCGGCUUAUCCUAGCUGACCGUCCCCGAGUGACGAAUGCCACCGUGGACUACUGCCGUACACUGCCGCCCGACACCUUCGGAGCCGCCUACGCUCGCUUCAUGGGCGAUCGGCGCUUCUUAGCGGAUGACCGGCCGCCUGUCAGGUUCGUGGAGGACGCGGAGCUGGCUUACGUGAUCACCCGGGUUCGCGAGGUGCACGACUUCUGGCACACGCUGUUCGACUGCCACACCAAUGUGUUCGGGGAGAUCGCGCUCAAGGGGCUGGAGUUCGUACAGACCGGUCUGCCCAUGACGGGUCUGGCGGCCCUGGGUGCGCAGUACCGGCUCAGCCCCGCGGACCGCGAGGUGAUGCAGCGCCAGUUCCUGCCCUGGGCGCUGCGGGCGGGCAGCCGCUGCUCGGACCUCAUGUGCAUCUACUACGAAAAACACUUCGAGGACAACCUGGAGCAGAUGCGCCGCGAGUUCCGCAUCAUCACCGCGCCGCAGCCGCCCGAGCACCUGCGGUUCAAGGGACCCAAGACGCAACCACCACCGCAGCAGCAACAGCAGCAACAGACACAACUGCAGCAACAGCAACUACUACCGGUACUGCAGCAGCAGCAGCAACUACCUGGGACCGCCGGCACCGCCGCGGGGGCGUGAUGCGGCACACAUGACGUGAUGUGGAGUGUGGGAAGGGCAGGUGUGUAUUGUGAGGGAGAGAGAGAGGCGCGAAGGGGGCUUGGGGCGGAGGGAGGCGGGCGGGGACUGCGUCAGAGGGAAGGGUGCGUGGCGCGGCGGGGAGGAGCGCUUUGGACGAAGGGAACGAGGAGGGAGGAAUGUGAGGGAGGGGAGAGAUGACACAGAGUGUUUCCAGUAGGGUUAGGAUUAAGCAGGGUUUAGAAGAGGAGUGAUGGCUGAUGGGUUAAAGGUGCGCACGUAACACACGCUGGUGUACAUGAUUUGACUUUCUGCUUGCUGCUUUCUCGGUAAUACAUUUCGAGCAUGCGGCGGGUUGUACAUGUACUGCACAGUGGUAACAGGAGCUGAUGCUACCGUGUGCUGCCUGUUUGCGGGACAUGACUGCGUGUUGGCAAGGCACAUGACUGCCACCAAUACCGGUACCUGCGGCGUAAGGUCUGAUGUUGCUGUCGUCGGUUGGUGGGGGUCUGAAGUUGUACUCUACGUGGACAAUGGAGGGACCUUACAAGGUACCAAGCCGUGCAAUUUAAUAACCUUGGUCAGCUGGACGGCACAUGAACAUAUAUGAUACACCAGUGAGGGGGUCCUUGUACCGCAUACAGCCCUUAUUCCUGCAUGACAGAUAUGGUCUUUGCAUCGCACACGUUAUGCUUGUCAAUGCCACCCACCCAUUAAAGGGCCCAUCAGCUGAAGCACCCCUCCUUCAAGACACACACACAACCUAAAGGCCUCCC